AUGGAUGGCGCGAGCUACAACAUGGACGUGGAUGAUCUCUUUGGCGACUCAGAGCAUGUCAACAUCCAGACCAUAAACACCACACCGCCCGUAAAAGGCCGGGAUGCUCGUAUCGACGAGCUGGGCUCUACCGGUUGUUGCCAAAAGAUCUCAUGGUCUAAAAAUGGCUGUGUCGCCUACAUAACUCCAGAUGGCUAUUCCGUCAACCUCAAAAUCUUCUCCCGCAACCCUGAAACUGGAAAAUGGGCUCUUGGAAAGACAGUUCCUCUCGAGCUGCCGCAGGGAUCCGAAGUAUUCCCAUUGAUUCACCUGUCAUGGAGCCAUUUGGGCAACGACCUGGCCAUCAUGGACCAAGCAGGCCGUGUCAUGAUCUUUUCCUGUGCCAUGGCCCUGGACCGCAUGCACUUCACCAGAGCUGAGAUUGCCCAUCCAGAAUCAGAAGUCGACGCCGUCGUCGGCAUGCAUUGGCUCGCAAUCCUACCCUAUGCACAAAAGAAUCUGAUUGCCUGGUCAGCUGCACGAGAAGGCAACAAGUGGAAAUGGAACAUUCGACAACAUUUGUUCAACAAUGCCCACCACCCCGUCGACGGCAAAGCUUCACUCAUCUAUCUGAAGAGAUAUGGUGAACUCAAACUCCGCUUCCAACAAAACGACAACAAUUGGCAGGAGGCAUCCACCCAAUUGGGUCCCAUGAUCUCCACCAAAGAGUCGUUUACCCACGCUGCCUUCGCCUCCAACAAUGACAAUACCCUUCUUCUAGCAGCAUACGACGUCAAGAGACGCCUGCACCUGUACCGCGUUGAGAUGAUUUGGAAUGUUCCAGCCGACAAAAGAAGCCAAAAUGCCGGCCCCUUUGAAAAGCCCACAAUCCAGGUCUCACUCCUUGCUCUAGAAGACACCUGCAAUCCUGUUGACAUGGCCAACGACGAACUAAGUAAUGGUGGGACCUCAGAAAGCGCCGCUACUGCUGCUGCACAACUGACCCAUCUUGAUUUCCUUCCCGUCACACCUCAACAAGAUGACGGCUCCGUACCAACAAUUCAGGCCAUAUUUAGCAAGCCACCAAAUCCCAUCUCGUAUGACAUGAAUCCACAAGAGACUCGCUACAGUAUCAUUGUCAAGUGGCAAGUUCAUCAAGAGCAGCAGAACCAGCUACACCCUAGCCUCGAACAGGUUACAUCCAAGAAGAAAAGUGUCAGCUCACUGCCUGCCCAGACCACUUUUCUGUUAAAACGACUACCAGAUUUUGCACUUCACUCAGUUGUCUUGGACUUUUACCCCAUGUGGUACAACAUGCUGCUAGCGUUUUGCUACAGUGAUGGUUCGAUCGAGUUCAGGAAGCGAUCCACAAUGGAGGUCAUCAUGCCAGACGACAAUACUGACAAUGUAACCUCGCUACUACAGGCCGGUUUUGUAUUCCAGCACGCUGAACCUUCAUUACAUGUCGCCUUCUCUCCGAAUCAUUGCGUAGCUGUUGGGAUGCAACUAGAUGGUACCACGAAGCUUCGUUUGAUGGAAUACACUCACGGUACCUUAUCCACAGACGAUGAUGACCCACACCACUCUGCUGCGCUUGCAGCACUCAUUCUUCAAUCUUCAUCAGCCGCCAACCAAUACUUCUCUAGCGACGACAUCUUCGCCAUCAUCGAUUCCAUGAGCGACAAACGAAAGCAAGACUUUAUCACCCUGCUGUUCGAAGGGCUGCAAGUGAACAUUGACUGCGGCAUUGACGACUCAUCCACGAACCAUUUCAUCCUACUCGGACGCUCGCCCUUCUUUGUCAAAACCCUCUCAGCAAUGCAUCUCCUAGGUCUCCAAGGAACCAUCAACCGCACCUUGGUCAGUAAAACCGCAUGGCAGAUCCUCAACAUCAAGUAUGUCACCCAGAUCCUCACAACCAUCGUCCGCAUGCACGGCGACGUAUCCAAAAUCAACCUCCGCCCCGAAGCCGUCCCCCAAAUGAUCGGCACAAUCCGCUGGACCAUGCACUUCAUGGCCUACAUCCUCGACGACCUCUUCGCCCUCGGUCGCGCCCUAUCCGACAUCCCCCCUGCAGACCUAACCCGCGAUGUCCUCGAAUCCAAGAUCAAAGAAACAAACAAACCCGCCAUCCUCCUCCUGCUCUCCGCCUUCCCCCGCGCAAUGAUGAAACUCUGGGCCCAGCCAAUCCAAUGGGUAAAACGCAGCGCCGAAUCCCAAGCCGCCACCACCACCAACCCGUCCGCUAGCGUUCCUGUGCAAUCCCCAGAAUCAAAACGCCUAUACACCCCGCUCCUCUCCGCCGUCUCCGAACUCCCCUUCGAAUGGCGCUGGUUCGAAGUCCUCGUCACAGAAACCACAGCCCACAUCCGCGCCAUCUACAAACAACGCAAUCUCAACGACGCACAGCGCAAUAGCAUCGAGCGCGAGAUCCUGCUCGGUAAAAUCCCCGAUAUCCUUUUUCCAGUAGCUAAACGCCUGGUUACAGAUACGCUGUGGAAUUCCAACCAGCAGAAUGCUUGUCUGGCGGAUAAGCUGGAUAUGGGGAAGCUUAUGUUCUUCGAUACGACAUGGUUAGGUUUCACGGACUCGAAGCGUGCAAGGGUUUGGCAUGAGGAGCAUGUGGUGGAUGUGUGUCAGAAGAUGAUUAUUCGAGGUAUUGGGACGUGGGUGCAUCCUGUUAAUACGGCAGGACACCAUUUGAUGGGCAGGGGGAGGAGUGAUAGUUUGCAGAGUGCUGGUGGUGGUGCUAGUGGUACGGCGAAUGGAGAUUCGGGUUCUGAGAGAAAGGGCAGGAACAUGCUGAGGCAGUGUGUGCGAUGCGGUGCUUGUAUGGAGGAUGUUGUGCCCGGUCUGCAAGGCUACACCAUUCACCACUAUCAGUGGUUGGUAGGCGUGAGCAAGCACUGCGUCUGUGGCAACAGUUGGAUGCUCGUCGAGACCAAGCCAUCUCUGAAGUAA